AUGAUCCGGUUAAAAAACAUAAUUCUAAAUCUUGCUGUAUACCUUACAUUUGUUAUAUUCAUAUUAUUCAUAGCUAAAGCAUUGAUUCCAAGACUUCUGGAAAAUCCAAAUCAACGUAUCCACCCGCCGACCGAUUUGCUAGACGACUUGCAAAUCAAUUGCACGAAUAUUCUGCAAGGUUUCAAGAAUGAAAACACAUUAGAAUUGAUUAAUACGAAAAUGAUUGAAAAUAAAAUGUGGAACUCAACAGAUAGAUGUCAAACUCUAACGUCGAUGUUCCGAUUCAACAAAGUACCAUUAUCAGAGGAAGAAGCACGCUUCCCGUUGUCUUUUGGGCUUCUUGUGUAUAAGGAACUGUCACAGGUUCUAUUCUUGCUCUCAUCAAUAUAUCAACCUCAAAAUGAAUACUGCAUUGCAGUAGGAGAAAAUUCUGCCCCAGCAUUCCUAAUCUUGCUGAAAGAGCUCGCUAACUGUUUUCCAAAUGUGUAUUUUAUGAAACGUCCACCAAUAAAGUGGGGAAGCUUCGAAAUUAUAAAUUCAGUGUAUGGUUGUCUUGAAUUUUUGAGUCACUUGAAAUCUGAUUGGAAAUAUUUUCAAUACUUAUCAGGUGUUGAUAUCCCACUGAAAACUAAUCUCGAGAUGGUUCGAAUUUUGAAACGUUUAAAUGGAACUGUUAACAUCGGAAUAAGUACAUACGAGGAUCGCCUCCUAAAUGGAAAAAAUAAAACCGAAUCUCCACUCCCGCUCUUCAAGUCUUCACUGUCCUCCCUAAUACCAAGAAAAGCUGCCAAUUAUUUAUCUUCAUCCAGCGUUCCUCAACAAUUACUAGAAUUUCUUCGGACAACUUGGGUUGCUGAUGAAGGAUUCUGGGGGACUCUAUUCGGUAACAAGGACUUGUUCAAUGUUCCGGGAUCAUUUAACUUCAAUGAUCCUCUCACAAAUGGUUGGGGCAAUUACGUAUCCAGACACCAACUUUGGGUUGAAUCCGAGUGUCACAACUAUAUGAAAGAUCGAUCAUGUGUUUUUGGAAUUGGAGAUGUUCCAAACUUAAUGAAGUCAAGAGCAUUGGUGGCUCAUAAGCUUUACAUAGAAUCAGAGCCAGAAGCUUUUUUCUGUCUAUUAAAGAGACACCGUCAUCGAACGAUUAAUCCAGAUUUAACAUCCGAUUCUUUGUAA